AUGCUGCUCCUGUUCCUCCUCCUCUUCCAGGGCGUUUGUGGCCCUGAGGAAAGCACGGCAGCCCCUCAGGCUCUGGGAUCCCACCACCCAGCAGAAGAACCUCUUUCCUUCCGCAUGCUCCAGAUCUCCUCCUUUGCCAACCACAGCUGGGUGAAGAACCGGGGCUCAGGCUGGCUGGGCGAGCUGCAGACUCAUGGCUGGGACAGUGUCUUGGGCACCAUCCGCUUUCUGAGGUCCUGGUCCCAGGGAGACUUCAGCAAGGAGGAGCUAAAGCGCUUCCAGAGAUUGUUCCAGUUCUAUUUCUAUGGCUUUACUAGUGUAGUGCAGGCCUUUGCCAGUCAAUUUCAGUUUGAAUACCCCUUUGAGCUCCAGAUAUCGGCUGGCUGUAGAAUGCAUGCUGGGGAGGCCUCAAAUAUGUUCAUAAAUGGGGCAUAUCAAGGAUUGGAUUUCCUGAGUUUCCAAGGAAGUUCCUGGGAGCCAGCUCCAGGAGCAGGGAGCUGGGCCCAGAACGUCUGUAAGGUGCUCAAUCAAUACCGAGAUGUUAAAGAAAUAGUGUGGGUCCUCCUUGGUCACACCUGCCCUCGAUUUCUGGCAGGCCUCCUUGAAGCAGGGAAGUCAGACCUGGAACGACAAGUGAAGCCCGAGGCCUGGCUGUCCAGUGGCUCCAGUCGCGGGCCUGGGCGUCUGCUGCUGGUGUGCCACGUCUCAGGAUUCUACCCAAAGUCCGUGUGGGUGAUGUGGAUGCGGGGUGAGCAGGAGCAACGAGGCACUCAGCGAGGGGAUGUCCUGCCCAACGCUGAUGGGACAUGGUAUCUCCAAGCAACCCUGAAUGUGGCGGUUGGAGAGGCGGCUGGCUUGUCCUGUCGGGUGAAGCACAGCAGUCUCAGAGGUCACGAUAUAAUCAUCCCCUGGGGUGGAUACUCCAUCCUUCUGAUCUUGAUCUAUUUGACUGUUGCUAUUACCCUGGUCAUGUUGGUUAUAAUUGGCACAUGGUUUAAAAUACCGAGCUCAACUCAGAACAUUCCCUCCCCCUAUGAACCCAGCCCUGCCGUUUCCAUGGAAGCCAAGACCCAGGAUACUAGGAGUUCAGGACACGAGCUCUGCCUGGCAGAAGAAUCAUGGCUCAAAAAGAGAUUUUUGAAGAAGUGUAAGAUAGGCCUAAAGCAACUUUGGUGUCAUUAG